AUGGUGAACAACACGACCAUCUUUCAAGAUGUCACUCAGGUUUUAAAUCUGACAGAAAUACCUCUGAACCCUCUAGAAGAGCAGGUCAUAACAAUAUUUCUAACAAUGCUCAUCUGUAUAAUUGGGAUUGCUGGGAACAUCAUGGUGGUGCUGGUCGUGCUGCGCACCAAACACAUGGUGACCCCGACCAACUGCUACCUCGUCAGUCUGGCUGUGGCAGACCUCAUUGUGCUCCUGGCUGCGGGGCUGCCUAAUAUCUCUGAUGUUGUAGCCUUCUGGAUAUACGGAUACACGGGAUGCUUGUGCAUAACUUAUCUUCAGUACCUGGGCAUCAACGUGUCCUCCUGCUCCAUCACGGCCUUCACCAUCGAACGCUACAUCGCUAUCUGUCACUCCAUAAAGGCACAAUUCAUAUGCACUGUUUCCCGGGCCAAGAGGAUCAUAGCUGCAGUCUGGAUCUUCACCUCCCUCUACUGCAUUAUGUGGUUCUUCUUAGUGGACACAGAUGAAACCGUCUACACCAACGGGGUGGUCGUCACAUGUGGCUAUCGCGUCUCCAGGAACUACUACAUGCCAAUCUAUUUCCUGGACUUCACUUUGUUCUAUGUGAUCCCCCUCGUUUUGGCCACUGUGCUUUACGGUCUCAUCGCCAGGAUUUUGUUCAUGAGCCCUCUGCCUUUGCACCUGAACGACGGAGGAGGGUCGGUUCACCAGGGUCAAUCCAACAGCACUAACAAGGCCUGUAAAGGUGCAUUCUCUGCAAGGAAACAGAUAACAAAGAUGCUGGCUGUGGUGGUUGUCCUCUUCGCCGUGCUCUGGAUGCCUUAUCGGACACUGGUGGUGGUCAACUCCUUUAUCGACCCGCCUUACCACAACACCUGGUUCCUGCUCUUCUGUCGCAUGUGCAUCUACACCAACAGUGCCAUCAACCCCAUCAUUUACAACCUCAUGUCUCAGAAGUUUCGUGUUGCGUUCAAAAAGCUCUGCAAGUGCAACUGGCGAAACAAAGGGAAGGCGGCAGAGUACAAUGUGCCGAUGUGUUACAGCGUGAUAAAGGAUUCAUCCCAUGAGAGCAAUGAGGUCACAGAGCAGGAGGAGGUGAGCGGCAAACCCAACAGGAGGUGCAACGAAACGGAUGAUGACGCGACCACUUUCAGCAUUUCUUAA